AUGGGUGGCGUUACACAAAAGAUGACUGAUACAAUCAAAAGUGUACCUGCUUUAGCUCCAGCAGGUAUACAAGCUGUCGUUGUUCUACGUGACCCAAAUAAUGGACAAGUGUACGGGCAAGUCGAAUUUAUGCAAACAGACGACGGAGUUGUUACUGUUAGUGGAGAAAUUAAAAAUAUUCCCAACAAGGAAAAACGUGGCUUUCACAUCCAUGAAUUUGGCGAUACGACGAAUGGUUGUACUUCAGCUGGAGCACAUUUCAAUCCUGAAAAUAACGAACAUGCUGGCCCACAAGAUGCACUUCGUCAUGUUGGUGAUCUUGGAAAUAUUGUUGGUGGCACAGGAGAUGUUGCGAAAUUUAAUUUUAAAGAUUCAGUCAUCAAAUUAACUGGUCCACAUUCGAUUAUUGGUCGGUCCGUUGUUGUUCAUGAGAAAGAAGAUGAUUUAGGUCGAGGUGGAAAUCCAGAUUCGAAAAAAACUGGUAAUGCAGGCGGUCGCAUUGCCUGUGGUGUUAUUGGAUUCAAGAAAGUCUAA